UCGCGGACCAGCAUGGCUGCGCCCGCGCGGGAGAACGCCAGUGGAUUCCGCGCCCGGCUCGCUAGUAGUGUCCUCUUGCUGCCGCUGUUGUUGCUGGCGUGUGCAGCGGCGGGGAGCGAAGAGGCCGGGCCCGGGGCAGGCGCGGCGGCCCUCGCAGGCUCCUGCGGCUGUGGGACGCCCCAGCGGCCCGGCGCCCACGGCGGCUCGGCGGCGGCGCACCGCUACUCGCGGGAGGCGAACGCCCCGCAGGGUCCGGGCGCAGGCCCUGCGGAGCUCCGGUGGUCCGCGCCCACCAAGAUGGUCGCCAUCCCUGCUGGAGUCUUUAUGAUGGGCACCGAUGAUCCCCAGAUCAGGCAGGAUGGGGAAGCUCCCGCGAGGAGAGUCAGCGUCGACGCCUUCUACAUGGAUGCCUAUGAAGUUAGUAAUGCCGAAUUCGAGAAGUUUGUGAACUCAACCGGCUACUUGACUGAGGCCGAGAAGUUUGGCGACUCCUUUGUCUUUGAAGGCAUGUUGAGUGAACAGGUGAAGACUGAUAUCCAGCAGGCAGUUGCUGCAGCUCCCUGGUGGUUACCUGUUAAAGGUGCUGACUGGAGACACCCAGAGGGGCCUGACUCUACUGUUGUGCACAGGCCUGAUCAUCCAGUUCUGCACGUUUCCUGGAACGACGCUGUGGCCUACUGCACAUGGGCAGGGAAGCGGUUGCCCACAGAGGCCGAGUGGGAGUACAGCUGCCGGGGAGGCCUGCACAACAGGCUUUUCCCCUGGGGCAACAAGCUGCAGCCAAAAGGCCAGCAUUAUGCCAACAUUUGGCAGGGAGAGUUUCCCGUGACCAACACUGGCGAGGACGGCUUCCGAGGAACUGCGCCCGUUGAUGCCUUCCCUCCCAAUGGCUAUGGCUUGUACAACAUUGUAGGGAAUGCAUGGGAGUGGACUGCAGACUGGUGGGCGGUUCACCACUCAGCUGAAGACUCGCUCAACCCAAAGGGGCCCCCAUCUGGGAAAGACCGUGUAAAGAAAGGUGGAUCCUACAUGUGCCAUAAGUCCUACUGCUACAGGUAUCGCUGUGCUGCUCGAAGCCAGAACACGCCAGAUAGCUCCGCGUCCAACCUGGGAUUCCGCUGUGCAGCUGACCGCCUGCCCUCCACGGACUGACAGCCAAGAAGAAGCCGUGGUGUCUAACCUGCACUCAGUUUCCUUCAGAACUCUGAACAAUCUUGGGCAAAGAAUGCCCACCCCGAGGUGGGCAGCCCGGUGGCCAAAGGAACUGUCUUCCAAGACCAAAUCUCUGACCCGUGUCAGUGUGCGUGCUUGCGGGCUGCAUCCUGAAUCGUGUGUCUUACUUUAGAGAGCCUUUUAAAGGGGAAGGUGGGGGUAGCAGGGCCUCAAAGGAGGCUCAGAGAGUCACAGCCUAGAGCCCAGCGCUUCCCGUGCCUUGGGCCUCCGUUCAUUCCCUCAUCUGCUGGGGGAGCGCUGAUGUUCCCAGUAGAGUUUAUUGUGAGACUAUAUGAAGAUGGUUUUUUAGCCCUUGUUGUUGUUGUUGUGUGAGUCUUGGGUGAUACUAAUCAUGUAAAGUAAGAGUUCUCUCAUAUUAUUUUCAGAAAAGGGUAGGGGGCAAGCCCUUUGUAUUUAAAUUGCACUUUCACUCCCUCCCCAAAGGAAAUCAGUGUCUUUCUGAUUGUUACAAUGAAUCCCACGUGAGCCAGCCACGAGCUCAAUGAUGUAGACAAGAUGGUCUGUGGGGUGACUCUGCUGUGCUUUAUUUUCUAAUCCUAAGUGCCUUUGGCUCAAGGGACAGGUGGAAAUCCCAGCUUCCCCUUCUCUCCAAAGCCUUGGGUGAAUGUGAAAUGUGUAUUCCACCAGGAAAUUGCUUCAGUCUAGGUACGGGAGAAAAGGAGCUAGAACCUUGAGUUAGCUGUAUUCAGGGUUUGCAGUAUUUUGUAAUAGAGAAGUAGGAAACCUGUUGGCUAUGGAGUCUCAGAUGCUUUGAGCCCUCUCUGUGUCCAAUAAAUUGGUAUCUGCUAUACCAGAUUUCA